AUGUCUUCCGAAGAGGAAUCUUCUGAUUUCUACGAACGUGGUAUCUGCCGAAUGGUUGAGUAUGAUCUGAUUUGCUUUCCAGCGUCAACAGUAUGCCGGAGCAAAGCGUUCUCGAAGGACUACAGGGAUACUGUUCUUGGGAUGCACAAUAACUUCAGAUCCUUAGUUGCCACAGGAAGAGCCAAAAAUGGAUUCUAUCAAUGGGGAAAUGCACCACAGGCAGCGCUAAUGUACCUUAUGAUAUAUAACUGCUCGGCAGAAGCGUACGCCUAUGCACAUGUAAGGAGGUGCAGCGGACGCCCAUCACAUCAGUGGGAACGGCCUGGCAUGAAAGAAAGCAUCCAUGUCCUCCGAACGACAGCAACUGAUACAUUGGGAGCAAUCCAGAAUGCGAUAGCAACAUGGCAGGCCGAACUUGCAAAUUAUGGAGUCCCUUCAAACAUGCGCUUUACAUUUUGGAUGCCGUUCUGGCCAGCGACACGAGUGACUAAG